ACUAUAGCAAAGAAAGUUGGUAUUAAUAAUAGUUUUAAGAAAGAUAAAACGCCAUGAAAAAAUAUUUUGUCUUCGUCUGCUGUUUGGGCAAUAAUUGUGGCAACUAUUUGCAUGCAGUUUAACAUUAACUUAAUUUUAAACGAACUACCUUCUUACAUGAAUCAAAUCCUUCAUUUUAAUAUUAAAGAAAAUGGAUUAUUGUCAAGCAUACCCUUUUUUGUUUCAUACUUUGUUGCUGUAGUGUCAGCUUAUGUGGCUGAUAAAUGGAAAAAAUCAGAAAGAUUUAGCGCUCUAACUAUAAGAAGAAUGUGUACAUCGAUUUCUUUCUGUAUUCCAAUUAUAUUUUAUCUUAUACAAAUUGUGUGGGGCAAUAGUAAAAAUGUGUCUGUUAUCGUUUUCACGUUGAGUCUAGGUUUUACAUCUGUUGCCACAGCUGGAUUUUUGUCAAACAGCAUUGAUAUCUCUCCCACUUACUCAGGAACCAUUCUUGGCUUAGGUGUUACUGGUGGGGCUGCAACGGGAUAUAUAUCUGCGAAAAUAGUAGCAUUUAUAACCGACAAAAAUGCGACCUUUGAACAAUGGCGUUAUAUUUUUUGGCUUUUAAUUGGAAUUAAUUUAGUUGGAAGUAUUAUUUACUGUAUAUUUAGUUCCGUUAGUAUUCAGAAAUGGAAUCUUAGAAAUAACAUUGAAGAACCUAAAAAUAAAAAAGUCUCCUCUGAAAUUAUCAACAGAAAGUCAUGAAUGUACUAAAAUUUAAAUAA